GCUAGGAUUUUGGGGUUUUCUUCUUUUUACCCUCUCUCUAUAAAUAUCGUUUCAGCAGCCCUCACUCACGUUUGCUGCUCAACGCUUGAUGCCGCAGACGUUGCAGAUCACAUCUGCUGCAUCAAUCUACACGAAAAUGGCUCAUCGUCUUGUUCGAGGAUUACGAGGGGCCGCAAGAACUCUUGUCUUCCACCAACCCCCAAAACCCCUCACCCAGUUUCUGACUCAAACUAGAAAUUACGUCAACGAUAUGCGAAAAACAGCCUUCGAGGGCAACAUUGCUCGCCUCAUUCGGAGCGAAAUCCAGUACGAGCUCGACCAUUCCCCGCCGUUUGUGCCUAUAUCAGAAUUCAAUUCAUUCAAAGUUGAUGAACUACAAGGGGAGCAGUGGAUUCGACUAAGCAGGAAAUUUGUAGAGGAUGAGGAGAUAAAAAUAGAGGUGACUAUGUUUGAUGGAUCUGUUCCCAUGAAAAUGCAUGAUGAUAAGGAGGAUGUGAAGCUUCAUGUUACUUUGAUAGUUGAUGUCAUGAAGGGGAAAGACGGGGACAUAUUAGAGUUUGUUUGCUCUGGGUGGCCAGAUGGUAUAGAGAUACGUAAUGUAUUUACCCGUGGGCUAGGCAGAUUAAAAGGUCGGCCGUACAUGGGUCCCCAAUUCAAGGAAUUGGACGAUGAGCUUCAGGAUUCUCUCUAUGAUUUCUUAGAGGCAAGGGGUGUAGACAACGAGCUGGCCGAGUUUUUGCAUGCCUAUAUGAGGUACAAGGAUAAAAAUGAGUACAUACGCUGGAUGGAAAACAUGAAAACUUAUAUUCAGAAGAAAUAGAUAACAAAAAGUGUCGUUUCUUUUUGGUAUCUGUAACAAAUGCCCUGAUGCCUUGUCAUUGUAGAAGUCAUAAAAUUGAGGGUUUGGAAGAUGGAGAAAUUGUUGCACAUAAUUGUUUAUUAGCAUCAUUUCAUGUUAGAAGAAGCUAAGAACCUUUUGAUCGAAGCUAGUCUUUUUUUUUUUUUUCUCGUUCUUCUAUUGCAAUUUAAUUUAGAUUGAUUAGUUAUACGUGUGUCGACUGAUUGAGAAAGUUUUGUUUAUUCAUUCAAUUUUUUAUCAGUUAGGUUAUGUGCUGCUCUGUUAUAUGAAAAACUCAGUUGUAGUGAAAUUAUGCAACAUUUAUUGUGGUA